CCUAUAUAAUGUGAACACGACCAGCUUUCCUUGUUUCCCUCUCUCCCAAAGCUAACGAGUGGAAGAAUGAACGCGUUGGUGCUGCUGGUGCUAGCCGGCGUUGUGGCGGCGGAGGGUUUUCUUUACAACGAUGUGGAUUGGAGUGAUCUCAAAGUGACGUGGGGAGCGAACCCUUUCAGCCACCAGUACUUCCAGUCCGUUCCGCGCAAGGAAAGUGACGCCAAGGCAGCAGACUGGACGGCAUUCCACAGUGGCACUGAAUGCAACGGGGCAUUCUACAACGGUUAUCGUUUCAUAAAGGACAACGACCCAGCGGUCAUGCUGCUAUUCGACAAGAACGGCUACAUCGCCGGUAUUCAGAUGGGGGCCCAGAAGGACAAGGUGCCCGCCGGCACUCCCUCCCAGUACAUCCAGACUCUGUGGAAUGAUGACGACGACAUGUACGUCAUCACGGCAUACUUCGUGGAUCCAGCGACCAUCUGCACCACUGGUCGUACGGAGGAAGAGUUCGACCAGUACGGGACCGGUACAGACCUGUACAUCCAGAACGGCACCACACCAGCCAGUCUCAUCAAGAUUCCAAAGUCGGAGUCCGGCCUCGCGGGCACGGCAUGGACCAAGGGCGGCUGCUUCUACACUAUGGGACGCCACUAUUGGUACAACGUGAGCAGGGACAUGGACUGUGAUCGGUUCUUCCCGGUCUUCCUCAUGUACAACUCCGGCGAUCUGAACGGCUUCGGCUGGGACAUGAAUGCCAGCCUGGACAGUCCCCGCUAUGAACGCCCUCCUGCCGCGGCGCUCGGAUUGUUCUUUGACGUGGAGCCGGCGUGUCUACCUGACCUGGCAAACCGCGGGCUGACCACACAGCACAUCUACUUGGACAACACGCCACAACUCAACUUCUGCUAGACACGCCACAGUAGCCUCGGUACCAGCUGCAGCUUUCUUGGGCUAUAUCCGAGCUGACUUGGAUUGAACCAGGAAGUCCCCAAUAUUAGCAGUCUCUGUGACUAGUUUGUGUGUGUUAGUCCUCCUCUGACAAGCGUGUCAUCGUCGACUCCACAUCAAAAUGUGUUAAUUGCAAAUUAUAUUUGGGCAUGACUUGCUCUAGCCGGAUACAAAGGUACAAAAAUAAAAUGGAAAGUAUG